UGCUGCCGAUAUGCUAGAAGUACUUCAAACACGCAUUGAUGAUUUGAUGGAUAUGAUCUCAUUUCCUCUUGCAGAAAAAUAAUUAUACCCCCUGUUUAUACUGAAAGGUUCUUGAACAUAUCUUAUUCUAUUUCAACCUUCUUGAACCAUGGCAGAUAAGCGUGAAUCGAAUCGCCAAAAAGACGCCAAUCAGCGCAAAGUUUUAGAUGAGGCCGCUCGCAAACGUCGCAUCAUGAAACAGCUAGAAGCCCUCGAAGCUGACAACUACCAUGAUGAUCCUCAUGCAAAUUUAGUGAUGCAUAAAAAUGCUCCGAAAUUCGAAGAAACGUUGGAGCACAAAAAACGGAAGAAACUGAAGACUGAGCCAUUCAAGCAACGGUUUCGCAAGAACUUUACGGCUUUGCUUGAAGAGGAAGAGCAGUAUUUCACUAAAGAUAAAAUCAACUACAUAACUGCUAAAGUCCCCCCUUCCAAGUACCCACCACGGCACUUCUGUGCUGUAUGUGGGUUUAGUUCCAACUACACUUGCGUUCAGUGUGGCACUCGGUAUUGCUGUAUCAAAUGUCUCCAAGUGCAUCGAGACACCCGUUGUUUAAAAUGGACUGUGUAGCAAAUAUCGCCACCCGAAAGCUUCUCAAAUGUUUGGAACAUAAGAAGCUUAAGACAAGUGACCUUCGUCAAACAACGUCGUAAGUCCCUCUUCCCAAGAAUACCAACCAAAACUCUUCUGGGUUUCGUUCCAACUACAAGUGUGUUCAAUUGAAGCAUUAAGAAGCAAAGGGAUGUAAGUGCACUUUUAGUUUCAAGUGAAAUGCGUUUAAAAUUAAUAUCCUAGGUAAGGCUUUCAUUGAUUUUUUUUUUCUAAAUCAGGCUGUAUAAGCAGCACCUGUCUGAGAAACUUGUAAAACAGUCUGAGAGGUUUACCCUACCAUUUGUUCUGGUUAUCUCCAAAUGUUUAAUUUUGGCAGUUACAUCCCUUUGCUUCUUACUACCUCAAUGAUGGAUAUUAGUAACCGUAAAGUGGAGCUAUUUAGACCAGAAAUUUCAUACUUUUUGUGAGUUUUACACUGAAUGCUUUAUUAAAUCUAUAAUGUGAAGUGAUAACCUUUUUUAACACUUUUCAGACAUUUUGCUAUCACCUAAAACCGUUUUUAAACAACAGUUUUAACUCUUUAUAUAUUUUUUUCUAUUUUUAAAAAUUGGGUUCAAGUAGUCCCACGCUGGGGCUUUUUGGUCCCACUCUACAAAUCCAUUGGAAAUAGCUGUAAAACAGGUGGUGGCAUCAAGAAGGACCAAUGAUUUUGAAAAAUAAACUCAAAAUGUACGUUCUAGUGAGCAAACUAUUUAUAUAAAUUGCAACUUAUUUAUACAGUCGACGCUCAUUAUAACGACCACACAUUAUAAAGACCGUCCCAUUAUAACGACCAGUGGUAAAAGUCCCAACUUUGUUCCUAUAAACUCUAUGUUAAUUUGCUUUCGUUAUAACGACCGUUCUGUAUCGUGUAAUCCAAUACAGCGACCGAAUCAGCGGACGCUAUUUCUUGUGUUCUUUCCAAUAAAACAAAUUUGUAGCUUAAAAUGACAUUGAUUAUUGUUUACGGACAUCUGCCUGAAGUUUUCAAUGUCAAAUCCAACUUUAAGAGGGGGUGGGGGGACAUUACCAUUCACCACAGCUAGCACAGAAAAAAUAAUGGGAGGAAAAAUCGAGAAAAUUCCAGAUUCCUAAGAAAAGGGAGUUGACAGAUGUAUUGGUAGUUUGGUGUUUGAAUCUACUAUUUUUUAAAGAUUUGGGGUUCUCGGGGACUUUUAAAUGUUUCUUUGGAAAGCAAGAGAAACACAAUUUAUCACCUAUAUCUGAAACGGAAAAUAAUGUUUUGCAAAAAUCACGUCUGCUAAAAAGGCAGACCUCUGUUUCUGGUUUUAUCUUCAGAAAUUGUUGUGGUAGUAGUAGUAAUAGCAGAUCUGAAAGUGUAACAUUUUCCUCCCUAUAUUUUCUACUUUAAAACUUGUUUAAUAUUCUGUCAUAAUAUUUUGCACACUACUUUUCUAAAAAUUCCUAUGAUAAAAAACAUUUGGGCAUUUACUUGGGCAUGCAUGAUGACGGUGUACAUUUUUAAAAUUUAUAUCUCUUAUAACGACCACUCGUUAUAAAGACCUUUUUCUCUGGGACGGAGAUGGUCGUUAUAUCGAGCGUCGACUGUAUAAAUUAAUAUGAAACCAACGUAUACAUAAACAUUUUUUAAUCAAAGAUAAUUUCUCAAAAAGAAACAAUCUAACUACAGCUAAAACCAAUUGAAAUGCUCAUUAUUUAAACAUUAGAAAGAAUGAAAACCCCGCAAUUAAAGGGCUUAAGCGGAUUUUUUUUCCGAUAUUAUUUAAUACCCGCUCUUCCCAGCUACAAAAUACUACAGGAUGCCCAGGUUUGUUUUGUGAACGAUCUUCUAAUUUCCUUUCAAUAGUUAAUUUACUUAAAUCAAACUGGGCUGGUGCCACUCCCUAAGACAUUUUUCCGGAAUUAGUUGAAUCUGGACACAAUUGUAAUUUUUCCUCUUAAUAAUCCGCAUUAUUUCCUACUUCAAGAAGUUUUUUUUUUCGGACCUUUUUUAUCCCCAGAUCUGCAAAGAAAAUGGGUAUAAAUACUAACUAAACUCUUUAUUUUAAAAGAUUACAAACCUUACUUAACAUAAUUUAGUGAUGAAAUGUGGUUUGGGGCUGUUUGAACGCUGGGUUCAAGUAGCCCCAUUUUAAGGCAACCAGUGCACUUUUACUAGCUUAUAUUAGUUACUGUGUUAAUUAUAUAGAGCUGUAAACCUUAAAACACUUAUUUCAUUUAUAAAUAGAAUGCAAACAUAAAACUAUGUUAACUUUUAUGAUAUCAGAUGCUUCUAGGAACUUACAUGUGAAAGUUUACAGACACAAAAAACAACUGUAUAAACAACUUAUCAUAACCUCUAUCUGAAAAAAAAAGAGGGAAUAGCAGAAACUUUUUGUUUUGUGCAACAGAUCUGCUUAGUACUGCUACCUGUUAUGGAGAAGUCUAUACAUUGAGUUUGAUAGGACCGGAACUGUUUUUAAACACAUUUUUCCCGUGAGUUCAAGUCCCCCCGGUUUAUGGUACUGCUGUAUCAAGUGUCUACGGUCAUGUAGAUACGAAGUUGAACCUUAAAUACUUCAGUUUUUGUUAUUUUUCAAAUCUUAUGCAAAAUAGACAUCAGUUGGUCUUGCUUCAUGUUAACAUGAUGGGAUUAAAAAUGUUAUAUUUUCUUUUUGAUUUGAAGCGGUGUUUUCAUUUGUAUUGGUAGAUUUUCUUAGAGUAUAAGAAAAAAUUUCUGAAGUAACCUAUGAUAUGUUGUUGUAAACUCAAUCUGUCACUUUAAUGAAAUGCUUUUGCAAAACUCUGCAUUUUUAUAACUGUUUUUAAUCAAAGAAACAAUUUUUGGAGUUGCAUGAAUUCUGUUUAAAUUUAUUUGUUGAUUGUCCACGCUAUCAAAUAGUGUAUGGAAGUUUCUGAACUGUUUUUUUUUUUUUUUUUUGCAUUUACAUUUUGUAAAAAAUUGUACCUUUUGUGUAUGUAAAAAGAGAAAUUUUUCAUGUCAACAAUGUUGGUAGCUUUGUGUACUUAUGUUCAUUGCUUUGAGGAAAAUAAAAUUAUGGUUUCAAGA